UUCGCUCACUUUCAUCGGGUUCAUCAGUGUUUUCAAUGUGUUUUAAUUGCGUUUUUUUUGUCUGAACGGGCAUUUCCCUCCUGUGUGUGUGUGUGUGUGUGCUCAUUCCCUCCUUUCCUUCUUGCUGCCACAUCAAUGGCUGUUGUGUGUUGUGUGUGUACGUGUUUGCCAGCGUGGGCACCUACGCCAUUGCUCUGUCUUCGACAGCUGCUCCGAAAGAAACAAUAAGAUCAUCGUCAUGUCAAUUUCCCUGAUCAAGUGAUUUGCCUCGUAUUAAGAUGAGGAAUCCCCUUUUAUUCGGACAGUUGGCGAAUAAGCUUUGGCUCCCCCCAUUGGCUUAUUCUUGAGUGGGUCGUACGAGCUGCGAGAGAGAGAAAAACAGUUUUCCUUUGGUUAGACGUCCUUUUUGCUCAUGCGCAGUCUCUAUGAAAACACACUCCGAAUGUGGUGAUAGAGAGACGCGCUCUACGUAAUUGUGUCCUUCCCACUCCAAAACCAGUGUCGAAGAUUAACGACGACAAGUUGUCGCUAUUUCCAAUUUCUGGAAUCGCCAUUAAAGAUAAUAGCCAAAAGAAAACGUGACCUUUUCUUUCGAUAACACGUUUAUGGUCCGAUUUAUGGCCCUUGACCUGACGGAUGUGUGACCGGCGCCACUCAUAUCGUUCAUCCAUUGUCCCGUUUCGUUCCAGGACUUGACGGAUAUGGAUUACGAUGGGCAACGUUUGUUGGACGUGAUCAAUGAUCCCAACGCUUUAGAGAGUUUCCUUGGCGGCAUUGGAAAUGGAAACGGGAAUAACGGUCCUGUUAACAGUGGUGUUUCGCUGGACUCGACCCACACCAUCACCCAGCAGCAACUGGCCAGUCUCCAGCAGCAGAUUCAGCAGCAGCAGCAACAACUUCAACAGUUGCAACAACAACAACAGCAGCAGAUACAUUCCCCGUUUUCGGUUCCCGUCAGGUCGCCGGCGCCUGGUACAAGUCCGGCUGCGACUGUGAUCCUUCGUUCGCCCGCCGCUCCUCCACCGGCUGCAAGCCCGUCGUCGCUAGCAUCCAGUCCGGCGCCGAAUACACUUGGACAUGCCACCUCGUACUCGGUCUCAUCUCCAGCACCGGCACCAUCGCCCGGCCCUCAGCAGUUCUACCGGGCAGCUCCAUCUCCACAGCAAAGGAGCGGUUCCUUGUCCUCUACACCGGUGGCAUCACCCAUCAAUUAUCCUCCCGGCCCAGGGCCAGGCAAUGGACAAAAUCCUCAAUCUGUCCAGCUGCCAGCUGGCACUAUCACUAUUCCGGCACUCGCCACUGCUGUUGGUCAAGUCCAGCAACUAGUUUCGGGUGGCCAGGUGCUCCAGAUAUUGUCAGGUCCUCCACCUUCAACGACUCCCCAAGUUGUUGGCCCCAACACGACAACUUCUCCGGUUGUGAGGCAUCCUGUGGCAGGUGUACGUUCUAAACAGCCACAACUAAGGCCCAAACCAGCUAAUAAUUCGAGUCCUGGGCCAGCUCAACAGGCUCAAGCUGUCAAUCCAAGAACGUCAUCGCCAGCUAUUAUACAGCAGCAGCAGCAGCAGCAACAACAACAGCAGCAACAACAACAGCAGCAGCAGCAGCAGCAGCAACAACAACAACAACAACAACAACAACAACAGCCUGUUCAACAACAAAUAACACAACCACACGCGACGGGCCAAGUAGUGCAAUUAGGAACGGGUGGGCCGACGGGUACGUUGGUGUUCUCAGGUGGAGGAAACGCCAUGUUUCCAGCACUGGCGCCGACAGGCGGCCAGUUUUUCCUUCAGCAGCAAGGCAGCGGCGGUUUCCAGCUGAUUGUCCGGCCGCCCGUCCCUUCUAGCUCUCCUCCCAAGCAGCAGAGCAUUGUGAUGCAACCUCAGAUUGGUCAGACCGUCCACCUAGCCCCUAACCGUCCGGCUACUGUCGCCGCAGUCCCUCCUCCCUGCCACCCAACCAUUUCCCAGCAGCCCAUGGUAAGAUUAGUCACUUUACCCGGCCUGGGCACUGUCCAGCUGCAGCAGAUUCAAACACCCAACGGACCUGCCUUUCUGGCCGUCCAACAACCUCAGCAGCAACAGCAGCAGCAGACGCAACAGCAGCCGACUACCUUCUUACGUAAUCAUCCAGGUCAACCAACAUUUAUCCAGCAACAUCACGUCAUCCAACAACAACAACAACAGCCUCACAUUGUCACCCAACAGCAGCAACAGCAACCUCAUAUUCUCACUCAACAAACAAUACAACAGCAACAGUCGCAACAGCAGCAAGACAAUAUUAGGCUCAUAUCCAGUCCAGCUACCACGUUGAUAACCAAUAACGAUACGGCUGAUAACAACACCAACAAUAGUUCAACAACAUUUGCUACUCCGCCCAACAAGAAACCACCAGCUAAAAAGAAGCCUAAACCGAAAAAGAAAAAGGAAGAGGUUGUGGUUGAAGAAAAGAAGCCGGCCGUGCAGGUCAAUUUAGCUGAACUUUUGAAACAGACGGGUAUUGUCGAUGAUGACGAGUCUUUCUUUAUGGAUGAUGAACCAUCGCUGCCACCACCGCCAGCGCCCCAACCCGUGGUUCAAAUUCCGGAGGAGCAACCAAUCCUGCCUACAGAGACCAAAGAAAACAACGUGAUGUUUACACCAAUGUUGAGUGAAACGAACCUCAUCCAGACGCUGCAUCAGCACGGCCUGGCCCUGUCUGACGACGAUCUUCACACGCUACGGAAUUUUAUCAAACCGAGUGAGGCUAAUGAACAGUCCAGUGCCUUAGGAAGUGAUUCAAUCCUUAACGGACUCAAAGGAGGAGCUGCCAUGUUGAAAGCGCCGGCUGCGGCCGUUUCACUGACUUUGGGCAACGGCCAAGUGAUUCAAUUGACGGGCGAGCCUUUUGCAGCAGAAGCUCAGCAACAGUCGAGAGUUCAGUUUGUGACAAAUGCGUUCGAUGCCACGCAAGUGUUUCAAGCCGCUCCACCACCUCCCGCUGCUCCUGCUACAGAAGUGAUUCACUCAACUAAUCACGGAUUUCAGAACGAAUUUCUCGAAGAUUUAGCCAGGAGUCAGAUUGUGUCAGAUUCGAAAAAAAUGAAAAACAAAGCGGCACUUGUCCAGAAAGCUACUCCGGCUAAUACAAACAAUAACGCGCCGAAGAAAAAGGCAGAGCCUCGUAAGAAGAAACCGCCUCCUGUGAAGGCAGCUAAUUCAACAGCCGGAACAAAUUCAACGGCUGCGGGCAACACAGCGAACGUUGUCAACCCAACGACACCAACGAAUGCGAGCACGGUGCCGCGAGUGCAGACGAUCAAAUUAUCUCCUCAAAAUCAACAACGAUUUGUCAAUAAUUCGUUCCCGCAGAAUCUGCGCAAUAUCCAGGCCCAAAUUCAGUACCUGACGUCCAAAAAGGAUCCUACUUCGCAGGACACUUCUCUACUGCAGAAGUUGAUUGAACAUCACCAAAAAAUUUUGGCUACGGGGAAACCAGUACCGACCAUUCCGGGCCAGCAUGCUCAGGGCAUUCCAUUCAAUCCUGCCCCUCCUGCCCCACAGAGCGGGUCUGUUUUGGUUGAGCCCGUCCCUCCCACCAACGUGUCGAGGUCUCAAGGCAAAGUGUCCACUGUGCCGGCUAACAUCCAGCAAAACACGCACCUGGCUAACCUUCUUCGCCAACCCGUCUCCGAUAAAAACUCAAGGAUGACAACAUCAAACGCGUCGUCUCAACAGGCUGGAUUACGGCAAAUCCAACCAUCAGCCACACAAAUUCGAGCCUCAUGCCCUGCUGCUACACAGACGACGGCCGGCAGCCCGGUUGCGAGUGUAACUCUGACAUCGAUUCCUAACAAAAUCACGAUAUCAACACCAGCAUCUUCUGUCACAUCUACUGCCAGUAGCACUACCACAUCGAAUGCGACCGUUAUUAAUGUAACAACCACCCAGUCCACCAUCCAAUCUCCGAUGGGGACGCUGAUAGUCACGACGAUGGACAGAGGAGCUUCACCUGUUGUCCCUACCGUCAAUAACACGAGUGGCAGUAGUUGCACGUUAACCAAUAGCCCAGCGGUAAUGUCCCCAGCUCCUUCAAAUGAAGCUGGUCGAAGUAGUAAUCCACCAGCGAGGGGAGUAAAGCGGCCAGCUCCUCCUGCGGCGCCUCCCAAACCUAGCAUUAGUAAAAGUACGCUUUUUGAGCACCAACUGAAAACGGAUCAAAGCGGAGCUCUAGCGCCGGAUUGCAAGACGCCAUUCAAGAACAAGACUAAUGCUUGCAAGAGGCUAGUGCGGUAUCACGUCUUUCACGAUUUGGGGCCAACACCACAAGAGCUCGAGAAGGAAGAAGAUGAAUUAGAAACGCACGCCCAACAGUUGUUGUCGAAAUUCCAUCAGAUGAUUAACAAAUAUCACUACCUUCUUCUUAUGGAGAGCACGAAAGAAGCUCCCACUUCGGAACAUGUGAUGGUGGAGAGGAUGUUUGCCAGCGAAGAGAAACAAUCGCUGGAACGGUUAAAAGAAGAGACACGAGUAGCCAAAGAAUUGCAACUGACCCCCGUUUGGCCGGUGAAAUCGGAACCAACAACUUCUGCAACAACACCUGUUGCUACUAAUUCUGCCGAUAUUGUCAAUGGUCGCCGAGAUUCGCCAUCAGAAGAUCUGAAAUUAACACCCAAAAUGGCGCUAUUGAAGUUCACGAGGAAAGAGGGCGAAGGCUACAAAUCUGAAUUGCAGUUACCGCAAGAGUACAAAGACGUCCGAAUGAUGGUAGAAGAUGUUGUCAGGAAUAACGGCCGGAUACGAGAAUCCCACGAAAUGAAUCAUUCCGGCUCGGUAAACGAUUCAUCUGGAUUGCCUGGCAGUGCAAUGGAAUCUAAACCCUACGACGAAUGGGAAGCGAUACAGCGUGAGCUGGCCCUUUACCCAGACGCUAGGGAUAGGGAUGACUUGGGAUUCGUUGGAAUGGAUGGAGAAGAAGGAGGCGUCAUCUACGAUGAAGAUAUCAAGGCCCAGAUGCAGAAUGCCAUCGACGAUUUGUUGAGACUCAAUGGCUGCGACGAGGUCAUACCGCCACAUCACCAUCACAUCGCCAAUGCGGCCCAUCCGACUGGUGUCGCUCCAGCUGGUGGAGCUUCGUCGUCGACCCACCAUUACGAGCCCGGCAGCGGUGCCGGCUUACCAUCAUUGAAAAACGGUGAACAGUUUUGUAAUUCCAGCGAAAUGCAGGUGGACCUUGCUCUCAACGAAGCUGUCAAUAGUAUUCUGUGAAAAAAGGGGGAAAAUUUUAGAAUUAUAAUUGUUGUUCUCUAGUGUGUAACCGGCAGUCACAGGAGAUUGGGUAUCCUUUGAAUGGUCGGAAGCCUUAACGGAAAGAUUGGGAAGAGAGUAGAGAGGUAGAAACGAAAAAAAGACAAGCACACACAAAUAAUCCCUCAGAAAAAGAAAACAAAUUUUGUUUUUCGUUUGAAAAACAUUUGUUUUAUUGCCUGUGUCAUAGUAACAAAAAUAUGUAUGUUUGCUAAAUGAAAAACUGAAUGAAGUUGGAACUAUUAUAGAGUCAUGCACAUGGGUGCAUUAAGCAAGACAACAAAAAAAAAUGGUUCAUGUGAUCUCUAAAAUGUGAAAAAGGCAAGAAAGAAAAAAUGACAUAAUAUCUCCUUCAUCUAUGAUCAGUUCUGUUAAAACACCACACGCAUGUCUCCCCCUUCAGAAUUCGGAUAAGAAGCAAACAUUUUAACAAAUGAAAACUAAAGCUAGGAAGCUCAAUCUUUGUGCGUGUACGUUUUUUUGUUAGUUUUAAUUUCAAUGCAAAUAAUUUCUUUUUGAGGGAAUUUGUUUGUUGUUGAGUUUUGUUGUCGAUUUUCCUACCCUUAUUGUGUGUUGAGCCGACGUCUCAGGGCGAAAAAUCACCACCCCUUACAUCAUUUAUUAUUAUUUUUGUUCUCAACAUGUUUCGCGCCUCUCUACUCCCGCGUUCAGAUAAUGAUGAUGAUAAUCGUUAUCCGACCACUUAAGACUUGUGUAUAUGUGAAAAAGAAAAAAAAACAAAAAGGCAUGCAUUUUCUUUUCUUUUAGGGUCCGAGCCACUCCAGCCAGCUCUUGAAUUCCCGCCUAACAAAGGGAGGGAGAUGAUGUCCAGAAAAAAUGUCUUUUAGAUGUUUUAAUUUAUUUGCCACUUUACCCUCCUCCCUCAUUUUAAAUCGUCUGUCUGUACGUGUGUGUCAUUGAAGAAAGCAUGUUUUGCUCCGUUUUUAUAUUUAAAACAUUCUAUAUUCAUCCUCUUACCCGUUUCCUCUCUGCAGUUGCUGAUGCCCGGCCUGUACGUUUGUGACUUUAUAGCAUCAAAAUGAUUGUGCAGCACAAUUGAGCGUUUGGGAUGUCAGAAUGGUCGUCUUCU